CGACAUACUUAACGCAGUAGGCGCGUCUUUUCCAAUGCUUUAUUAAUAAAUAAACGAUAUGUGUAACUGAUAAACGAGUUCGUGAAAAUUGCAAAAUAUUAUAAUGAGUUACAUUAUUAUUGGAUAAAACAUGGUCUCCCAGUUGACAAACGUGUCGAGUUGUCGAGCGCUGUGUCGUUUUUAGUUUCUCAAUAUUCCACGCGACGCAAGCGCCAGUGAGUCCAAUAUGGCGGAAAUGAAUAGCACGCGAUAAGUGACAUCUCUAAAAAAAAUGUCAACAACCAGGGCGGCGGGCAGUGCGAAAAAAAGGGGGCAUCAACAUCACCCUAGAAACGAAGGUACCAGGAAAAGGUUAGCCCUAGAAUUAACACCUGACAAACCCUUAAGCGAAUACAGCGUAAAUAAUGUAGUGACAGCGCAAAAGUCGACAAUAAUAAAUAAAAACACUGUGAUAAAAGAUAGUGCCUUCCCUGAAAAUAGUUCGAAAAACGUAAUAGCCAGUCAAUCACAAAGUCCCACAGAAAGUACCAUCAACAAAUGUGAUAUAGAAGUGAUAGAUUUAACAAAUUGUGAUGAUGAUGAUGUUAAAGUUAUUAGUAUAAAGGAACCAAGUCCUACCAAAACAGAUAGUUACGAAAGUUGUAGUAAAAGUUUGAAAGAUGAUCGUAAUAGUAAAAUUCGAAAGCUUAAAAAGUCUAGGUCUAGUAAAAAUGAAACCCAAAGUGAAACUAAAGAAAAACAAGAUAUGUCUCUUGUUCAAAGACCAGAAGCAGAAGGUUCCAGUCAGAGUGACAUAGAAAACGAACAAGGUCCUGUUGAUCCAGAAAUCGAAGAGUUGUCCAAGCUCCGCUGUACGUCAGAAAUGACUGAAGUGGUAGCUGAAAGGGAAAAACGCAGAAGGAGGUGUGCUGAUUAUCCAGGUCUAGCAUUUGCCAGUUCCAUAUUUAGUUCGGAUACCUUAAUGAAGUUUUCCAUUAUCAAAAAUGAGCUGCAUAAUAUUAUGAAUACACAAUUAAAGAGGGCUGAAUCCGAAGUUGCCGCCCUCAACCGUCGUAUCCAAUUGUUAGAAGAAGACUUGGAACGUUCAGAAGAACGUUUAGCCACUGCCACCGCCAAAUUGGCUGAAGCCUCACAGGCAGCCGAUGAAAGCGAAAGGCAGCGCAAAGUACUCGAGAAUCGUUCCCUGGCCGAUGAGGAACGUAUGGACGCCCUCGAGAACCAACUUAAAGAGGCCCGUUUCCUAGCUGAAGAAGCCGACAAAAAAUACGAUGAGGUAGCCCGUAAAUUGGCCAUGGUUGAAGCUGACUUGGAACGUGCUGAAGAACGUGCCGAAGCCGGUGAAUCCAAAAUUGUAGAACUUGAGGAAGAACUUCGCGUAGUAGGCAAUAACUUAAAAUCCCUUGAAGUAUCAGAAGAAAAGGCUGCUGUUACAAGAGAACACAGCGAAGACAUUAUCCGUGUCACCUCUGAUAAAUUGCGUGAAGCUGAAGCAAGAGCUGAAUUCGCAGAACGUUCAGUACAGAAACUCCAGAAGGAGGUCGACAGACUAGAAGGUCUGUUCAGAUAGAGGUACAUUAUAUAAGGUGAGAUCAUAUUUUCACAUCUUAUGGGAACUGUAGUAAUUUUAAAUGCUUUAAGAUUGGAUUAGAUCGUGGACAAUUAUUAUUGCCCCAACUUAAAUAUUACCUUACAACGCAAAAUAUUUAAAAUAAAAACAAUAGUUUUUGUCAACGCAUUUAUUUCUAAGUGAAAUUCUUGUUGUCCUCUAUUCACUAUUUCUGUUUUCUUCGGUAAUUAUUGAUCCUUGGUAUUUGAAAUGGUCAAUUGUAUAAAAAUCUUGACCGAUCGGUGGUAUAACAGAAGAUUUUAACCUGUAUAACAGCAUGUUACUGGAGAAAGUACUAUCAUCUUGAGAAAAUGUAGUAUAAAAAAAGUACACUAUUAUGUCACAGCUUGUAUGAUAUAUUUAAAAUUGGCUGUGUUCUGUAUCUGUGUAAAAUGAAGACAAUGUGCAAUUACAAAGAUAUCUGAUUUGUCAGAACUCUCUCCUCUUGUUUUCUCUGCCGUUUGAUUAAACUCCACCAAGAAACACUGUAGUUUUGAUAAAAUAAAUAGUUGUUUUACCAGUGUAUAAUCCUUACAUGUCGCAAGGUUUUUCAUAUUAGAAAUCCUUUACUAUCUUUUGCCAGUUUAUUAAACAUAAUUACAGAAGAUAAAAAAGGGGGUUCAAGGCAGGUUUUGUUUAUAUUCGAACUAUAAUUAAAGAACUUUACUAAGGCUGUAAGAAAACUUAGUAAGUUAGUUGUGUAGCCCUCUCAAUAAUUUCAUCAGUACAAGCUGUCAGUGUACAUACUUCGGCCUGGAACACUAAGAAUGUCAUUCCAAAUUGUAGCAUUCACUUAAUUUGCCUGUUCGUAGUUCGUAGUUUUAAUUUGCCUGUUUUUUAUCCAUCAGUGAUCACAUUUGAUUUCCAUUAGUGAAGGAGAUUGCUCGUUCCCUAAAUAAUAUGAUUAUCAGUGAUGAUAAGUUCUGGUAUUAUCUAAUCUAUUUGGUAUCUUUCUAGUCAUCAUCUCUAAGCACAUCUGAAAGAUGGGUUGCUUAAGUAUGGUACCCAUAAUGUUUGUGUGUCUAUUGAUUACAUCAUUGGGUCUACAUGUGUUGUUUGCUUAGAGCAUCAGGAUAGCAAAAAGACGUAUCACAUAGAUAUGUAAUUCCGAUGAGGAAGACCAGAAAUGCCUUUAAUGAGGUAGUUCCUAUAAUUUUCAGGAGUUCCUGUCUCCUGUGAUGGAACUGGCAGUACAUCUUUGUACUGUGGUAUAUUUCCUUGACAGUAGUGAUCUAAUCUGAUGGUUGUUUGUAUCACUCGUAUGUACAAUCACCAGGUCACUUUAGUGUUAACCCCCAGGUUGUAGAAUAGACAGCUUUAAACCCUUCAAAUAAUUGAACUAAUUUACCAGUAUGUACCUCGUGGUAUCAAUCCUGUCAAGAGGAAGAACUGGUAAUUAAAAAUACAUAGUAUGAUGUAUCACCAGACGAUUUUAUAUCUGGAAAAUCUCCACGAGGCGCUGAACAACGCAUAAUUAGAGAUAACAAGAUAGAUUGUGUCCUAUAUUAACGAUUCCAAAAUAGCAUUAAGAGUACUUAAUGCUUACCUGGAGCAGAUAUUGGCUCCUACCAUAGCCCACUAAUAAUUAAUAACUUUAGGUCAGAGGUAAAAAUGAUCACUAGGCCUACAAAAUACGUUGGAAUCAUAUUGAAGUUUUAAAAAAUGAAAAAGCUAGAGAAAAAUUACAAAAGGAACUAGGGAAUGAAUACUGUAUCAGCAAAAAAUGAAUUUAAGAACACGUGGAAGAACAAUUGGAAAACAUCAAAAAUACUAUACAUAAAGCUUCACAAAUUACUAGAGCAAUAAAUACCUCGAAAGACGGGAAAGCAGUUGGACCUGAUCAAAUUCCUGUUGAGUUACUCAGAUUGUUAGAUGAAGAGGGAAUUACGAUACUCCAAAGAUUUUUCAACCAAAUCUAUAAAAAAGGAAAAUUCCCUGUCCAAUGGCUUGUAUCUACCUUUAUCCCUUUGCCAAAAAAGAACAACGCAACAAAGUGUCAAGACCACCGACUGAUAAGUCUGAUGAGCCAUUCUUAAAAAAUAUUCCUCAAAGUUCUUCACUACAGAAUCUCCACAAAAUGCGAUAAGGUUAUUGGUUGCUCACAAUUUGGAUUUCGAAAAGGCCUGGGUACCAGGGAAGCACUAGUUGCAACCCAAGUGCUAGCUCAGAACUGCUACGAUCAAAGCAAAGAUGUAAUGAUGUGCUUUAUAGAUUAUGAAAAAGCCUUCGAUCGAGUACAACAUCAUAAACUCGUAUAUAUACUAAAACAACUCGACAUAGAUCAAAAAGACAUUCGUUGCAUAGAAGCUCCUUACUGGAAUCAAACAGCUGUCGUCAAGGUGGAUAAUGAAACAACGCAAGCUCAAAAAAUUCUCAGAGGUGGAAGACAGGGAUGCAUUCUCUCCCCACUACUGUUCAAUUUAUAUUCAGAAAGUAUCUUCCAGAAAGCUCUUAAGGAAUGCGAAAGCGGCAUCAAAGUAAAUUGUACCUGGGUCAAUAAUAUACGAUAUGCGGAUGACUCGGUCUUAAUAGCAGACAAUAUAGAAGACCUCCAAAACCUUCUUAAUAAAAUUGGAGAGCAUAGCGAUAACAUGGGACUUAGCAUCAACAUAAAAAGACGAAGUUCCUUAUAAUCAGCCGUCAGUUAUGUCAACAUCAAAAUGCAAGACUAGCAUAUAACAACCAAGAUGUAGAGCGCGUAAGAAAGUUUAAGUACCUGGAAACCUGGCUAUGUGAAGACUGGAUGUCGGAUAGAAAGGGCCAGAAGUGCAUUCAUGAAAUUCAGAAACGUCUUUACGAACUCUGACUUUGACCUAAACCUAAGACUAAGAUUCACAAAAUGCUAUAUAUGGUCGGUGCUCCUAUGUGGCAUGGAAGGAUGGACUUUAAAAAUGGACACAAUGAAUGAGCUAGCUGCAUUUGAGAUGUGGAUCUAUCGACGAAUCCUUAAAGCUCCCUGGACCGCAAGAAUAACAAAUGAAGAAAUCCUGAGAAGAAUUGGUACAGAACGACAACUGCUAUGCACAAUUAAACAGAGAAAAACGGCAUACCUGGGGCACCUAAUUAGAAAUGAAAGAUACCAGUUUCUGCAAACCUUAAUUGAAGGAAAGAUCGAAGGAAGAAGGGAAGUGGGCAGGAAGAAAAUGUCAUGGCUCCGUAAUGUCAAACAAUGGACAGGACUAAAAAACAUAGGAGACCUAAUACAUACUGCAAGGGAUAGAGAAAAAUGGACAAACGUGAUCGCGAAUAUCCAUUAGUGGAUUGCAUAAGAAGAAGAAAGCUUCACAAAAUGUUCUGGAUUACAAAAGAAUACAAGCAAAUAAAAGUUGGAUGAUAGAGGAAAUUCUUGACAUGACGAAAUAAAGAAGAAAUUUAAAGGAUAAUGAUAGAGAAAGAAAAUAAGAGAUUAAAAAUAAAUGGCUAAUUAAAAAUUGUUAGAAAGCCGAACUGCUACUUGCAAAAACAUGACUUUUAUGUUUAGUAUAGUUUGCAAACAUUAAUAACAUAACAAAUUACAACGAACUACGCAAACUUAGAUACUAUAAAUGAAAAUUCAAAUUUAACUGGCUCACCAUAUCAUGUUAACAUUGUUGUUGUUUUGUUUAUUUGGGUUUAUAUGACUGCUGACACUAAAUCCAUUCGCCAAAAUGUUAACAUGUCAAUGUAAGACUUAGUCGACAUUUUAAGGGUUUUAACUCAUGUAUUUUUGGUGGCUUAGCAUUAGAGCUUGCUUAGAACACUGAUUAUGCUCUCUUUAGAGCGAAAACGUUAUGUUUUUUAAUGUAGCCCUUUAUUGGGGUUUUCAAAUAAAUACACCUUUUACACAGAAGAUCUUUUUCUUCAAUUUUUGUAAUUAAUGGUAUACAGCCAGCUACAGGAAAUCUUUUCCUCAUGGAUUUUAGCUAGUAAUAACUAAAUUAUGCGUUGGUUAAAAUUUGUUACUAUAAAUAGAAACCAUAUUUAAAAUGUGUGGUCUUGUGGGAUAAUCCAAGGGUAUGUAGACACUUAUUUUUCAAAGCAUUAAAAAAUAUAAAACCCAGAUUUUCAAACAUUGUUUCCUUCGCAAAAGACUUACGUACUUCUUGAUUUUUCAGACGAAUUGGUAGCCGAGAAGGAG